UUCGAACUGUCUGCGCUGGCGCUUUCUUAGCCUACAUCCUGACCUGUACACCUGCUCUUCGGGACUAUAGACUAUGUUUUCGACAUAAUGCCUCCGCUCGUUCCCAGAAAACGGCUGAAAUCAGACUCCCCGAAGCCGGAACCGCCACCGAAACGCCCCGCCUGCAAACCGCAUCCUCGUCGCAGCAAAGAAUCCGUUUUCCAGACCUUAGAUGCGCCUCCGACCGUCCAUCGCACUCUUUCGCAGACGAAGAAGUUGUUGGAGCUGGAAGACGAUGAGAGCGAACUCUCAGAACUGGCGAGCAGCGCAGAUGAAUUCGAGGAUGUCCCGAUAGCGGGCAACAAGGCGAAGGGAAAGGCGAAGGCUGCAGAAGACAGCGCAGAGAGCGAGGACGAACAAUGGGAAGAUGCACUUGGCACAAAACACCAUACCAAGCACGAUGAUGAGCCUGCGCCGGUCAUCUCAGGCGACCUCGAGCUCACGCUCUCCGCGCCCACACAGGCGGCCUUCUCCUCGAAAUUAGACGGCAAGAAAGGCCCUUCGAAGAUCCAGCGCCACAUACGGAGCGUUACACAUUGCAUGCACGUCCAGUUUCUCAUGUUCCAUAAUCUGAUACGGAAUGCCUGGAUACAAGACGGGGAGGUGCAGAAGAUUCUGGUCAGCGGGUUGAAUAUAGGGUGCUGGAAGGAAAUGGAUCGGUAUUGGAGAGAUUCCGGGAUUGCGGAUGGCGCUGAGCGGGUGGUAAAAGGCGGCUGGACCAAGAAGGUCGCCUGGGAGAUCGAGAACGCUGGGACGUGGAAAGAGAGCGGCAAGAAGGGCGUUCAGCUCUACGAAAGCCCAAAGAGCAAAAGCGCGGCAUCAAAACCCGAGAAGAAAGCUGGCGUAUCAAAAUGCAAGGGGAAGGAGACACGAAGCAGCGACCGGAACCAGCGUGAUUGGGGCGCUACGUCCGACCGUCUCGAACCGAAUACCCCGAACCUCUCGGCUGGAGAUCCAUUGCUUCGGCUCCUGAAGUACCUUUCGGCAUAUUGGAAGGCCAAGUUCAAGAUUACGGUACCUUGUCUACGGAAACGUGGCUAUCUAGCCCCGGCAACUCUGGAAGCAGAAAUUGCAGCGUGGCGACAGGACAAUUCAGAUACAGACGCUUUCGGUGAGCGCGUAGAGAGCCUCGAAGCGUUCCGAGAGACAGCACGCGCUUGUGAGGGCAGUAGGGAUAUUGGUCAACAACUCUUCACGGCUCUACUACGUGGUCUCGGCAUCGAAGCCCGCAUGGUGGCGAGUCUGCAGCCUGCUGGCUUUGGCUGGAGCCAAGGCGAAGAAGGAAAGCCCAAGGAUCUAAGCAAGCUUAAAAUAGGUGGUGAAGCUCCACAGGCCGAUGCAUCCAAAUCGGCAACACCGGCCAAACAGAAAGGAAAGUCACGAGGCACCAAAGGCUCCAGGAAAACGCCCAUCGAUCUGUCGGAUUCUGAACUCAGCUCGCUGAGCAGUGCAAUCUCUAUAUCCUCCGACUCAGAAAUCGACAUCAAGGCACCGAAGAAGUCUCCAAAGGUCCGCAAAUAUGGCGACGAGCUUCCUCACCCCAGUUAUUGGACCGAAGUGAUAUCAGGCCUCACCCACACGCCCAUCGCGGUUUCUCCGCUCCCACGCGCAUUGAUAGCCACUUCAGCGAUGCCCGAACAGCUCGUCAACUUCUACUGCCGCGGGGCAGCGGCUGACAAAGCAAAACAAGUGUUUGCCUACCUGAUCGCUUUCUCCUCGGAUGGGACUGCCAAAGACGUUACGACGCGGUAUCUGCCGAAGCACCAAUGGCCCGGUAGAACCAAGGGUUUCCGUAUGCCAGUUGAGAAGAUCCCAAUACACAACAAGCGAGGAAAGGUCAAAAGGUGGCAAGAAUGGGACUGGUUCAAAUCCGUACUGCGCCCUUACGCUCGCCCUUUGGAGAAGAGGCAACCGUGGGACGAGGUAGAGGAUGAGGGGGAUCUGGUGCCCGCUCAGCCUAAGAAACCGAAAGACAUGGACGAGGAAGGCGGCAAGGAGACCCUCCAAGGCUACAAGAACUCAGCCGAGUACGUAUUGGAACGACAUCUUCGACGAGAGGAAGCUAUUAAGCCGGGGGCGAAGAUCGUUCGCUACUUCACUACCGGCAAAGGCGACAACGAGAAGCAGGAGCCUGUUUACCGUCGCAAAGACAUAGUUAUCUGUAAGUCUGUCGAAUCGUAUCACAAAGAGGGACGAGCGGUCAAAGAAGGCGAACAGCCGCUCAAGUACGUGCCUAUGCGCGCUGUUACUGUCAUCCGGAAGCGCGAGAUCGAAGAACGCGAACGCGAAGAAGGCGAGAAAGUGAAACAGGGUCUCUACUCCAAAGCGCAAACGGACUGGAUUAUUCCCGAUCCUAUCGUCGACGGGAAGAUUCCACGCAAUGCAUUCGGAAACAUCGAUGUCUACGUCCCCACGAUGAUACCCAAAGGCGCGGUGCAUAUUCCUCUCAGAGGCACGGCGAGAGUGUGCAAGAAGCUUAAGAUCGAUUUCGCCGAGGCAUGCACGGGUUUCGAAUUUGGCAAGCAACGUGCUGUGCCUGUUCUCACGGGCGUCGUUGUUGCGGCGGAGAAUGAGGAUCUCGUCAUUGAUGCUUGGGAAGCCGACGAGGCCGAGAAAGCAAAGAAGGAGCAAGACAAGAGGGAGAAGCUGCUCCUAGGGCUAUGGAAGAAGUUCUUCACCGGCAUGCGCAUUGUUCAGCGCAUGAAGCAAGAGUACGGAGAGGAGGUUGAGCUGCCCGAGAAGGAGGUACCUCGACAUGAUGAGCCGAAGAAGUCCGAGUGGGAAACCUUCCAGAAUCACCAAGACUUUGAAGGCGGGUUCUUACGUGACGAGCCACAAGCCGCUGGUGGUUUCCUGCCGGAGGAUAGAGAUGGACUUCACGGGGUCGAAGAUAUGGCAGGAGGCUUUCUUGCAUCAAGCCAGGAGGAACCGUCUCAUAAUGGGGCGCUGAGCAUCGAUCACGGCGACGCAGAGCGGCCCCAACAUCGCAAAUCCACGGUGGAGAAUGCAUACCAAACGCCCAUAUCCCUCACAUCCGCACUCCAGCAACCCGCCACCGACGGCGACGAGGACGAGCAAACCGAUAGUGACGAAGAUGAGGAAGAGGAAGAACUUCCCAAGCCUAAACCAAACCGUCGCACCCGCGGAGCCCGCAAGUCCCGCACCCAAGGCCACGGACGCGGCGGCAAACGCACCUCAACCUCCCGCGAAGCCAUAUCGGAAAAGGACGAUGAAUCCAGCUUAUCCGAUAUUUCUUCGAGCGUUUCCCUAUCUGAUCGGCCUGUUCCUACUCAACGCGGGAAGCGCAAGGCUGCUCCGUCGCCGGCUGCAUCUACACCACGCGCAGUGCCGAAGCGUAAGGCGGGUAGGAAAAGCGACACACAGGUCAAGAGCCACUUCUUCGCACAAGGGAGUGAGGAGGAGACUGAUUUGACGGAUAUGAGCCCGCAGAAGAAUGGCGCGAGUGGUAGGGGGAGAGGAAGGGGAAGAGGUCGAGGUAGGGGAAAGGCUAGGAGUGGGUAAAUGAUGAUAACCUAAGAGGCAUGGUAGAAAAGUC